AAGAUGAGAUUCUAUUAGCGAAGGCUUGGUCUAUAUAAGUUCCAACUUUUCUCACAGUUGUGUCUUCUUUUCCUACCUUGCUGCUCUUCAACCAAAAUAAUCCCUAACUUUUCUUGGCAAAACAUUUUCUCUCAAUGUCAGAAGAAUUUCAAGAGUCCGAGAUUAUAUUUUCUGAUGAAUAUUUCAUGAGUAACAACGUCAAGAGUAGCAACAAAGAAAACACCAAAAGAAAGCCGAUGGCGACGGGGAAGAAGUCAUCUCCUGUCAGAAUCCCGUCAAGAACUAUUUCCCCGUGUAAGGUUGAGAACGAGGAGGAGGAGCAGGAGGAGCGUAUGACUCCGCCACAUGUCAUAAUCAGAAAACGAAGAAAGGAGGCGCAAAUGGCGUAUUCAUUUUGUACACUUAAAGGAAGAGACUUAAGUCGUCACCGGAACUCCGUUCUUAGGAUGACCGGUUUUUUGGAAGUUUAAUUAUUUCAAAAUAAAAUGAGAACCGAUCUGGUUUAGAUUUGCUUUUGUUGUAUUUGUAUAGAACAGCUUUGAAAUUAACCGAAUGGAAUUACAUUUUUUUU